GUUAUGGAUUUUGAUGAGAUCUUGUGUAUAAAUAGAGCUUUUAUGUAUCCAAGUCUACAUAAAAAAGAGGGGGUUCAUAAAAUUUCAUGAAGCAUUUUAUUCAAGACUUAGUCAUGUGUGUAGCCUUUUAAAUUUUCUAGGCAGGAUUUCCAGCUAAAACUUCCCUGAAAUUUAAGAAGCUUUAAUGUCCUGGCAAGGUUUCUAGAAAUUUAAAGGUAUUGAAGUACACCUUGAAAAAUAAACAAGGUGAACAAAACAGUCUACAAAGUGUAAAAAUAAUGAAGGGCUGCAUAUUUUAUGGAAUCUAUUUUUUGCUUAUAAAUGUCAUUGAUUAAUUGCUAUUGUUUCAACAAUUUUCUCCAUGGAAUUACCAAGAUGACUGACAUGUUUAGUGACCCAUCACUGACAUUAAAUGGCCUUCUCAAGCCUGACACUGUUUGGAAAUUGGGUCAAAAACUUUUACCAAAUUUCACACAGAUGGCCAGCCCCCUAGAGAUGCCACCUUUAUUGCCUGUGAUUCGGCCAAAGUCACCAUGUCUUCCUUUAGACCUUCAUAUGAGCCCAAAACGAACCCCUCCAGAUGAACCAAAAACUCCAUAUGAUGUUAGCCAAGGGACCCAAAUGAUGACACAGGAUUUAUCCAUUAAUAGGGAAAUACAGCACAGUUCAACAGAAGACCAAGAGAAAGUCGAUCAUUUUUCAUUGACACCUCUGCAGUUAAAAGAACGAGCUCAAGAAUUCUUACUUCAGAGUAAGGGUGGAGCUAAGAGAAAAUUGACAGUUCCUGUCCGUAUGCCAGAUGAUAUAGGGAUGGAGUGUAUAUCAGACAGGGAAGUAUUACUGGACUACUAUAAAGAGAUGUUGUUACAGAGAGAGACCAGUCCAUGCAAACAGAUGAGAACACCCCCUGCCACGUCAGAGUCUUCCACAGCAGGAGGACUUGUCGCAGAAGAAACUCGCAAACCAGAAACAUAUUCACCAACUUCCUCUCCAUUGGACAAUAGUGCCCCUGUUAGCCCUACCUCCAAAGCAACAGGCAGCCCAUCAUCAAAAACAGACGACAGCCCAGAACCAAGUAGUCCACAACCAGCAACCCAGGGUGGGCCAGAACAAGGUUCCUACCCUUGUUCUCAUUGUGAGAAGAGUUUUGCCUACAUGGGCAAUCUCAAGCGCCAUAUAAAAAUGCAUCAUGGGGAAUACCGACCAUAUAAAUGCCAUUUAUGCAUAAAACGCUUCUGGGGAAAUGACAGCUUAGAGCAGCAUGUUAAGCGUGUCCAUUCACGAUUUCGCCCAUAUGAGUGUGCCCAUUGUGAUAAGAAAUACUCUGUAUGCUAUGAUCUCCAGAAGCAUGUGAGAAGUGUUCAUGGGAAGGAUAUUGACUGGAACAUGGAUGUUCCCAGCAUGCCCUCUGAUGGAUCAGGGACCACGCCUGGUCUGGGAACUCACAAGGUCACUGGCAUUAAGACUCAGGCACUUAAUCAGCUGAACCACAAGUGCAAGUUCUGUGGACGAGGUUUUGCAACUUUCAAUGGACUUGGGGUGCACCUUAAAAUGCAUUUUAGAUGCCGAGUCUGCUUCAAGGGAUUUAACACAGAAAGUUCUCUGCGCAUCCAUCUCCAGAAAGCUCAUGAUAUUACUGGAGAUCAAGAGUAUGUGCUUUGAUGUGCUUUGGAUGCGUAGCUUAGUUGAUGUAAGUGCACGUUUGAUAAUCAGAUACAGUCCCAAUGUAUGAAGCAUGUUGUCUUCCAAGCCUAAAGAAUUCCAUUUACUAUGCAAGUAUAGCUGAUGUAUAUAAUAAUAUUCACAUUUUUGGUAAUUUUUUCUGUGUUUCACAAUUUCUAACUUUGUAUUGAUGGAAUUAAGAUUUUUAUUGUAGUGCAGACAGUUUCAGAUUGUAUUUUAAUGAUAUUGAAGAGUGUUCCUGCAGCAACUCAUAAAAUAUAUAUUAUUCUUUUAUAUUCCAUGAAUGAAUUAUGACAUUCCAUUUUUUGUGUGCUUUUGGUUGAUACUUCCUAAUUAUAUAUCCUAAUGAGUGCUUAGUUUAGUGUAUACUUUUAGUUUUGAUUGAUUUUUUUAAAAAUAAUGGCAUU